GUUCCUCAAUAAGGAAGAAAGUCAUGCUUAAAUAUAUGAUAGAGGACUGCUAGCAAUGCAAGUUUCAAACAGCAUACAAAUUACAUUGCUUUGUAAAGAAAAUUUUUAAUUGUUGAAGACUUUCUCGACAUUAUAUUGCUAGCAGUUCUGCUGACUUUAUGCGUAAAGAAUUUAUGAGCAUAAUGGGUUUGUGUAAUAAAUCAAUACUUCUGUCUUAGAUGUAUGUAUAAAAAAAAUAAUAAAUGCCACAGCUUGGCAAUGGGAUCUUCAUCUCUGCCGAUGUAAGUUUAUGUGUGCCCACAGGAUAUGAUGCCAUGUUUGCCUUAUUGUAGAAAAAUCUGAUAUUUCUAGAUUGCUGCAGGACUAGACUUUUGCGAGCCAAUCUUUUGCAGCCUCUGAAAGAUAUUGAGACUAUAAAUGCUCGACUGGAUUGCUUGGUCAGUGUUGGCGUGGUCCUCAGUAACAGAUUUAAUCCAAACCUAUACUAUCUUUUUGAAUUGAAGAAGUAUUCUUGAAUAUUUAAUCAUGAAUGUAGCAUAAAAUCAACCCGGCUCUCCAGUAAUUGCCAAUAUGGAAAUUCUACUCUGUGGUGAUAAUACUUACCACUAUAGGAUUCACUCACCUAAACAAGAAUUAAUUAUGAAUGUUAUCCUACAAAAGGAGGGCGGCUUCGUUUGAUUUUUUAAGUUUAUUCUCCAAAGCUGGAAAAGAUGUACAACCUUUCUGAAAAAAAGAAAAAAAAAAAAAACCAUGAACUAGAAUGUAAGGUGGGGAAGUUUGAAUAAGAGUAAAUUCACAAUUUUAGCUGUAGAUGUAAUCAAAAUGACUGUUUAUGCUUAUCCAGUCUACUUACUUGCAAUUUUCUGCUGUUAUUCGAUUGCUUGUCCAUGAUUUAAUUUCUCAUGUUUAAUAAGUUUUGAUAUGUGUCUUAUGUAUUGAAAUGGGUUUUGCAUCAUCACAUAAGUCAACUUUUGGUUCUGCAUAUGAUGGUGGUACUUUGUUCUGUGACUUGAAAGACGUUAGUCUACGUUCUUCCCAUGUAAUCUUGUUUAUCCUCAAAUAUUAGAAUUUGAACUAUUCUGUUUUAUCUAAUACUUGUUUACAUGAACUAGCAAAUAAUAAGUUGACUAGUUCUAUAAAACUAAUUUUUCAUAUUUACAUGGUCCAUAAAAUAAAAAUGCAUUCUAUCAAGUCCUGAUUUGUUUUCAACCGAAUAUAACUCCAGGAUGAGUUGAUGAGCAAUGAGCAGCUGUUCUUUGGCUUGUCUCAGGCUCUUCGUAAGUUUCCAAAAGAAAUAGAUAGGGUUCUGUGUCAUUUCUGCUUCAAACCAAAAAGGGUUACCAAUGAAGUUUUGGCCCUUGACAAUUCACGGAAGAGCCAAAUUCUGAUAUCAAGCAUUAUUCUUCUGAAAACGGCUCUAGAGGCGUUACCAUUAGUGUCCAAGGUACUUAAGGAUGCUAACAGUCACCUACUUAUAAAUGUUUACAAGUCCAUAUGCGAGAAUGAAAAAUAUGCUUUCAUGAGAAAGAGGUAUAAUUUCUAGUUGCCUUCUUCUUUU